AUGAACGCUCCACGGUUUAAGGCGGACAAACCAAAUCGGAACUGUUGCCUCAAGUACAAAGGACCGGUUUCUACACCAUUCAGAUCGCCGCUUCUAGCUGUCGUGUUGUUACUUGUGACAUUGGUCGCCAGCCAACAGGUCAAAUCAUUCUAUUCUGGUCCUAUUGCCUCGUAUUCUACUAAGUACAGUUUGGGUGGCGCUCAGUACGUUCCUUACAAAGAGCAGACCCAGUCUGCGUAUGUCUACAAAUCUGCGCCAGUGUCGCGGCGAUUUGAACCGUCGAUUGCCGCCCGUGAAGUGCCGGCUGAGGUCCUUACUCAAGGCAUUUCUGCUGCUCCCGCAUUUUCUGGACCGACUACUCGGACUCGCUACUUUUCUGCUGCGUCCAUCGGAGCAAACGCCGCAUCGUUCCGGCCAGCUAGCGUAUCUGAUGUGGCCGUGCCCGCCUAUCCCGUUUCGGCUGACGUUCGCGUAGCCAACCCGGUUCGCAUUGCUUCUGGCAUCGAAGACCGUAUCAAUUACCCUCCGACGCCAUAUGCGUUCGAAUACUCGGUCAACUCGGCGGAGGGCGGCCAAAGCAGGACGGAACGUGCAGAUGGCGCUGGCCGUGUAACGGGCAGCUACACCAUUCAGCUCGCCGACGGGCGAAACCGCGUUGUGGAGUACAUCGCUGACGAGGGAGGUUACCGCGCUAACAUUAAGACAAACGAAUUCGGAACCGAAAGUCAGAGUCCAGCCAAUGUAGCCUUUCUGUCCUCUGCCAUUCCGGCACGCGAGGCUGUACUUCUCGGCGAACGUGACGUCAACUUUCGGAAAUACGGACCCUCUCACCAUAGGCAGGCGUAAGGAUCAAACCACUGCUGCACUCAAAUUCUGCUAAUAAAUUUAAAAAAGGCUACAAACCAAACACAUUAAUUAAUGUAAUUUCGUGAGACGAAGGAAUAAAUCGUUUGAGCGCAUCGUAUUUACAUGUAACGUUAA